GGCAGACUGUGUCACGGUAUGAAGGAAAGGGCUAGUUGACAGUCGGAUUGUUAGGCGGUUAGAGGGUUGGCGGAGGAGUCAGCUGCCAAAAUCCGAGUCCAUCCUUCCCGGAGUCGUGGGAGAUGUCACGCAAAACAGAAGGAGCAUAAUCUCCAUGCUUCGAGCUUCCGAACGAGCUCCAUAUUGUGGUAUUCCGACAUCGUAUGUGUUAAAAAAGGAAUGGUGAAAAUCGGAUGGUGACGGAAGAGAGAGUUUAUUUUGAAGCAGAGAAAAGCUUUCUGUGGAAAUUGGAGUUUCGGCGAUUAAUUUAGCUGGUGGAUAAAAUUACUAGGUUCUACUGUCAUUUCGGAAUUCAGAGGUAGGCAGCUAGCUGUUUUGCUAGCUAUCUAAUAUUUAGUCAUGGAUCUGAGAGUAGGAAACAGAUAUAGACUUGGAAGAAAAAUUGGAAGUGGAUCUUUUGGGGAUAUUUAUUUGGGUACUGACAUUUCUGUGGGGGAAGAGGUGGCCAUCAAGCUGGAAUGUGUGAAAACCAAACACCCUCAGCUUCACAUCGAGAGCAAGAUCUACAAGAUGAUGCAGGGGGGAGUGGGGAUCCCCACCAUCAAGUGGUGCGGAGCCGAGGGCGACUACAACGUGAUGGUCAUGGAGCUUCUGGGGCCCAGCCUGGAGGACCUCUUCAACUUCUGCUCCCGCAAGUUCAGCCUGAAGACCGUGCUGCUGCUGGCCGACCAGAUGAUCAGCCGCAUCGAGUACAUCCACUCCAAGAACUUCAUCCACCGGGACGUGAAGCCGGACAACUUCCUCAUGGGCCUGGGGAAGAAGGGCAACCUGGUGUACAUCAUCGACUUCGGCCUGGCAAAGAAGUACCGCGACGCUCGCACCCACCAGCACAUCCCCUACCGCGAGAACAAGAACCUGACAGGCACUGCGCGCUACGCCUCCAUCAACACGCACCUGGGCAUCGAACAGUCCCGGCGUGACGACUUGGAGUCCCUGGGCUAUGUGCUUAUGUACUUUAACCUGGGCUCGCUGCCCUGGCAAGGCCUCAAGGCCGCCACCAAGAGGCAGAAGUACGAGCGCAUCAGCGAGAAGAAGAUGUCCACCCCCAUCGAGGUGCUCUGCAAGGGAUAUCCCUCUGAGUUCUCCACAUACUUGAACUUCUGCCGCUCACUGCGUUUCGACGACAAGCCCGACUACUCCUACCUGAGGCAACUGUUCCGAAACCUGUUUCAUCGCCAGGGCUUCUCCUACGACUAUGUCUUCGACUGGAACAUGCUUAAGUUUGGUGCCAACCGCGCAGCCGAGGAUGCGGAGCGGGAGCGCAGGGACCGGGAGGAGCGCCUGCGGCUCGCCCGUAACCCCGGGGCACGGGGGGUGCCCUCUGCCAGGCCUAGGGGGGUGCAGGACGGCGCUCCCGGCGCACCUCUCACGCCCACCUCCCACACCGCAGCCAACACGUCUCCACGGGCCGUCUCUGGUGUGGAGCGCGAGAGGAAGGUGAGCAUGAGGCUGCACCGCGGUGCCCCUGUCAACGUGUCGUCCUCAGACCUGACUGGCCGGCAGGACGCCUCGCGAGUCUCCGCCUCCCAGAUCCUGAGUCGCAUGACGUCCAGCGGCCUCCCAUCCGCCGUGCCGCGGUGAAGGCCGACCCGCAGCAGCCAGGGGGACGACCAACACGUGACUGACACCCAGCAGUGCCGUACCAGUCGCCAAAACGCCUUGAUGGCUACGGAACAUCGAUCCCUGGAAGAGAUCACCUUUUAUCCCUCCCUUUCGUUUUUUUAAACUCGAGAUUAAGCAGCCGCGAGAUUGUUAAAGCCUUUUUGUGGAGAUGGAAAUGUUGAUGUAUGUGACACCGGCACUGCAACAGUUCCCAACCCCCUUCCUCAGCCAAAGUUGCCUUUGCCGUCUUGGCAGUCUGCGACCAGGCACCUCCCCCCCCCCCCCCCCAGAACCCCCCUGGACAGUUUUGAUUUUAGUUCUGUUUUUGUCUUUUGUGAACCUCUGUAGACUGUUUGUUGUCCCUCCUUCUAAUGCAAUGUGGGCUGGUAAGGAAAACGACGUGAAACUGACGCAGUAGUGUGAUGACGGCCGGGGCUCCGCGGGCUGCCCGUUUCAUUGCCUUUUAUACGCGUGUUUUCUCUCGGGCAGGUUUGUCAGCGUCCGCCUCCAUUGUUCUUGCGCCGCGACUCAUUAAGGCGUUUCGUCCCUUGCGGUGUCAUGCGGGCCUGUAGCGUUUUAUUGACCUGGCGUUUGGGCAGAAUGUGACACGGGUCCCUUGGGUCUGUAGCCUUUUCUUGGGGCUGCGUGAGGGAACGUUUAUGGGCUGGUAGCCAAAAGACAUUCUCGGAUCACUGAGGUUCUGCCUGCCCACGUGACAGUAGGAGGUGGAGGAGAGCUCCCCCUUCAGGUCGUCAAAGGAGUCCUGGUGUCGUGUUCACCUGAAAUGGAAUCCCACUUCAAUCAAGGGACCUUUUAUGAGGUUCACAAACAUCCAUCAAGUUGGACUGGGUUCCUCAGGAUGACCUGGCAACCAGCCAGCCUAUCUGUACCGCGUGCUGAUUGGUUUUGGUGGGUGGGGGGUGGGGGGUGGGGGGAGUGAGGGAGUUGUGGAAGUUGAGUCUUUGUUGUACCCAGGAUGUGAUGAACGAUAUCGGAGUACAGCUUUAGUGUGCGUGCGUGUUUGGUCUAUAGACUUUUCCAAUGUGACGUUACCCACCACAAAGGGUUCAGUAGAUACGCAGGUGGUUGGCGAAUAUAUAUUUUUUUGGCCAAUUGGAAGCCCCCCCCCACCAUUCUGUCCCCAGGGGGUUUGUAAAACUGCAGCACCAGUGAGGAUGAAUACAGCAUGAACGCUGUGGGCCUUUUUUGUGGGGGGGGGGGGUGUUUUUUUUUUUUUUUUUUUUUUGUCCUACUGUAGCAGAUGUCCAGGAACAGUUUGUCCUUGUCACAUGCCCCCCUCCCCCCCCCCGGACCGUGGAAGCCUGAGCUCCAUCUCUAGGGGGCAGAAGACCAGCCAGCAGCCAGGUUUACCACAUAUGUCUCGCCCCCCAGGUCCACCACGUAUGUCUCCCCCCCCAGGUCCUCGGCCUCUCCUCUGGUAGCCCAAUCCACUGCCUGUAGUGUAGCUACACCCCCCCUACUUACAGCUCUGUUAAGGUUUUUAUUCCCACCCACCCCCCAUUUGUAUCACCACUGUAUUUGUGUACUUAAAAUUGUGUAAAUAAAUUAAUAAGUACUUGUA